AUCUUUUGGCUGUUUACCACCUUUAUUACUGAAUCUAUUAAUGCAAGGCUCACAGAUUUUUCGAACAUAUCGAGGUUUUGCUUAGGAGAAACAGGCACAAGAGAGCUCCAAGGAUUCGAACUUUGAACUGAUUUUGAUUGCUUGUUACAGUCUUUAGGUGAGCAGAAAGAAGAAGAAGAAGAUGGAGUUGAUGAACUUUGUUCUGAAUUUGGUGGUACCCCCUGCUGGGAUGAUUAUAUUGGCAUUUGCAUGGCCAUCCUUAGCAUUUCUUACAGCCUGUGAUUGGGUUCUCCAUACCAUCUACAGUGAGAAAAUGGAGGGAAAGGUGGUCAUUAUAACAGGAGCUUCAUCUGGGAUUGGUGAGCAAAUUGCCUAUCAGUAUGCCAAAAGGAGAGCCAAUCUGGUACUAGUGGCUCGCAGAGAAGAGAGGCUGAGAUCUAUAAGGGAUAAAGCUCGUUCAAUGGGAGCCAGAAAUGUUUCAAUUAUGGCAGCAGAUGUGGUGAAGGAAGAAGAAUGCAAGAGGUUCAUCGAUGAUACCAUUAGCCAAUAUGGCCAGUUGGAUCAUUUGGUGAACAAUACUGGAUUUGGCCAUAGCUUCCUGUUCGAAGAGGCAGGUGAUACUUCAGGAUUUGCACAUAUGAUGGAUAUCAAUUUCUGGGGGAGUGUGUACCCUACAUUCUUUGCUCUUCCCCAUUUGCGCCGAAGAAAUGGGAGGGUCGUGGUGAAUGCUUCUGUGGAAGGCUGGUUACCAAUGCCUAGAAUGAGUCUCUACAGUGCGGCCAAAGCAGCAGUGAUAAAUUUCUACGAGACACUGAGGGUUGAGGUUGGAGAUGCUGUAGGUAUAACAAUUGCAACCCCUGGUUGGAUCGAAAGUGAGUUGACUAGAGGGAGGUUCAUGACAGAAGAAGGAGAGGUACAGUUGAAAGAGGAACCCAGGGAAGUACAUGUAACUCCUUUUCCAGUGGCAUACACCGAAGAAUGCGCAAGGAUAAUUGUGUCAGGGGCAUGCAGAGGGCAGCGUUACGUGAGGUUUCCUAUGUGGUACAACGUCUUCUUCCUCUACAAAGUAUUUGCUCCUGAAGUACUGGAGUGGACAUAUCGCUUGCUAUUCCUCAGCCACUUUGGGAAGAAACAGCCCCCAUUGACCAAAAUCAUGGACAUCAGCGGAGGAAAGAAGCUCCUUGUGUAUCCCACCUCUGUUGUUCAACAACAUCAGCAGCAGCAAUCUCUCUCUCCUCGCCAUCAGAAAUCUGAACGAUCCCCUGCAUAAUUCAUCCUAUAAAUUUUAGGGUUUUUUAAUGUUUUUUUCUUUAUUCAGAGGGGAAUCCAUAACUUGUUCCAUCAUCUACUGCCGAACAGGGAUCCAUCUGGAGAGCUGUCCCCAUAAAUCCUCCCCCCUCUUUAGUUUAUAAGAUGGUAGAAUGCAGACUUUGUUUCUGGCUUUUAACCAUUUAGCCUUACAUUCAUAACUCAAGUAGAAUGCAAAAGAGCUUUGAAGCGCCUAGUGUAAGUAGGUUGUAAUGUCAGGUCAGGUUUCAAAUGUGACAAUACACUUUCUAUUUUUAUUCA